AUUAUAAUCUAUAUGUCAAAUUACGGGAAGGGUUCCUUUGAGGUUAUCUUUUGAUAUAAUAAUUAAUAAUUAUUUCUAAUUUCAUUUCAUACCUACUUAAUAAAACCCAUUAAAUAUUGCGUAAAAUUAUAAACAUUCGUAAUCUCAAUCAAGCAAUUAAAUAAUGGAUUCCCUUUCUACCGGUUCUUUGAGCGGAGUUCAGAAGGAGGAACUAAUGGACCAGGUUAAACAGCAAAUAGCUAUCGCGAAUGCUCAGGAACUAUUAACGAAAAUGUCAGAGAAAUGUUUUAAGAAAUGCAUCUAUAAGCCUGGAACUUCCCUCGAUAAUUCGGAGCAGAAGUGCAUAGCGAUGUGCAUGGACAGGUACAUGGAUGCCUGGAAUCUAGUAUCUAGGACUUACAGCAGUCGCAUUCAGCGGGAAAGGAAUAACAUGUGAAAACUUUUAAAUCGGUUUAUGUUUGUAAAGUGUUAUGUUAACACAGUGCUGUAAAUAUAGAUGUCUCAGUAGUUCCAGAACAUGUUAAAAAUUGUGAGUUGCGACUGUCCAUUGUUAUGUUAAAUAAAGAUUAUUUAGGUUGUGUAA